AGAGAGAGAGAGAGAGAUGGCUGGUUUGCUAGCAUGGGCAGCGGACGUAGUGGGAGCGGGUGGGGCACAAAGUAACGAAGAAGACGACCCCAAUUCGAUCCCAAUAGUAUUCUCCGCAGAGCAGCAAAAGUACGUACAAGAACUGGACCAGAAAGCGUCUUCUCUGAGCCGUGCGAUCCAGGAUCUACGGCUGAGAUUGCCUCCCCCUGACAUCUCCCAACGCCUCCCUCACCUCCACGCCCACUCCCUCGCUUCCAACGCCGCUCUCGCCCUCCAACUCAACUCUCACUCGGCCACACGCGAGCAGGCCCAACUGAGAGAGGUGACGCUGCAGGAAGAAAAUGCUGCGUAUGAAAAGGCUAUAUCAAAUUGUGAGAAUAAAAUACAGGAGAAAAUGCAGGAGGCAGUCCUCCUUCAGAGGAAGUUACAGGAAAUGGAUGAGACUGCAAAGAAUCUUGAAGCAGAGCUGGAAAGUACAGAAGCUGCUUUGGUUGCCAGCCAAUCUGGCCGAUUCAAUGAUUCAGUUGUUCAAUCCAAGUUGGUAGUGGAAGGUGGACCAAAUACAGAAGAGUCAAACUCUGCUCUACUGGAGAAGUUAGAAAACAAGAAAAACGAAUUGAGUUCAACAGAGGGGGUAGUUCAAGAUUUGGAGAAAAGAUGGGCUCAAGUUCAGGAUAAGGCGUUGAAGCAGCCUACCCCAGCUCAGAGAGAGAAGAUAUUAGAUAAACAGCUUCACAGCCUAAUUGAGCAACUGGAAGCAAAACAGGCACAAGCUGAAAGCCUGUUUAGUGACAUUCAUAUAAAAGAAAUGGAGCUAGAAAGAUUGAAUGGAUUGUGGAGGAGGGUUGAAAGUAGUAACCUAGAAGUGAAUGCUGCCAGGAAUCGGUUUGGAAGAAGCACAUCUGAGAGGGGAUCUGCUUCUUCAGAUUAUAUUGUUGAUUUUCAUCUCAAACCCCAUUACCAUGGUGGCCGAUCUGAAAAUCAGCAGAAAUUUAUGCUACUCAGGUCGACUUUUGUGCUCUACAUUUUUGCUUUACACAUAUUGGUCUUCAUCAAGAUUUCAUUAUGAAGAGUACCCUUUAUCCCAAGAAUGCUGAAGCUUCAUCAAUAUUUGUUUGAAUGGCAAGCUCAAGUAUUUACCAAGUUACAUCUCCACACUUUAAUAAGAAAAUUUCGUAUGUAUAUUUAAUGUAUUUUAUAUCCCAUUUUCUGUAGAUUCAUAUGCUUAUGCCAACUUGAGAUUUAAAUGUUUCAUCAUUUAAUACAAUACUAUUAUGAAGGAUGAAGCAUAUUCCCACAGAUUGAAUACGAAAGGACUGAAUGGGAGAUACAGCUUUGAUGUAUUA